AUGGAGCAAAGAGACCAGAGUAAACACUGUGCUUUCCAUAGUGAUUUUGGUCACCUGACCAAUGAUUGCAGGAGCUUGAGAAGACAGGUGGAAGCGUUAAUAGCCAAGGGCGAGUUAACUGAGUACUUGAUUACCCCAGGGCAACAAAGGCAGCAAGAUCGAGCCCGAGCAAUUCCAAAAACCGUGGUAGAAAGCCAUCAUGUUCGGGUAAUCAACACAAUUUAUGGCCAUCCAGAAGAAGACGAGCAAUCGAGAAAUUCCUCCAGGAUCCAACUCAAACAAGCCCAUAAGCUGCGGAGGAUUGGAGAAAUCAAUACCGUUGACUGCAAACCCAAUCCAGCACAAGUUUCUUUUCAUAAAGGGGAUCUCAGAAGGGUGUUACACCCGUACGAAGACCCAUUAGUAGUUAGUCUACUAGUGGCCAACUGUCUGGUCAGACGAGUACUGAUUAACCCCGGCAGUAGCGCCAAUAUCAUGACAAAGUGGACGUUCGAUCAGUUAAAAUUGGCUGCAGACCAGAUUCAUCCCACUAAAAACCCUUUGGUAGGAUUCGAUGGAAGAAGAGUAGAGCCCACAUGUGUGAUCACGCUAUCAGUCACUGCUGCUAAAAGAUCUUUGAAAGAGAACUUCGUGAUUGUUGAUAUUCACCUGACCUACAAUUUGCUAAUGGGUCGAGGAUGGAUCCACUGUAUGGAAGGAGUCCCAUCAACCCUACACUAA